AUGGAGAAACCUGAUACUCAACUUAUACUCAAAACUCCUAUCAUUCAAGAAAUGAAUAAUGCAAAAGAAGGAAAAACAUCUAAAGAAGUGCUGACACUGAAUUCUCAACCAGAACAGCCCAGCAGGGAAGGAGCCGGUGUGGGGUGCCCCUCUGCAGCCGACCGUUCUCCUAGAAGGCCUAACCGCUCAGACGGGCAGGGGAGGGGGACGGGCGGCCCGGGAGAAACCGAGUCCCCGCCGGGCCCCCUCCGUGUGGCGCCGGCCGAAAUAACUCCAGUCCAGCUGCAAAAAUCCUCCCGAAAACCCAAGCUUCUCCAGCACAACUUCGAUCUCUUCAGCUUCAUUCCCUCCACGCACUCCGCCAAACCGCUCGCCCUGCCCAGCGCGGCGGAUGCAAGCGCUCCCCGCCCCGAGCGGCUACCUGUCCCGCGGGCCCGGGAUCCCGAGCCUCACCUCAAGCGAAGAGCAGCGCGCGGGCGCCCGCGGAAGAGCCCAGGGAGCAUGGCUCCAUGUAGUCCCUCCCGGAACUUUCCUGACAUAGCACUUCUCUCCUCCGCUGCAGAGAACAACGCUGCCAGGCGGAGAAGGAAGGAGGACGACGAGGAGGAGGUGGUGGCGGCGGCGGCGGCGAUAGAGGCGGCGGUGGCGGGAGCUGGAGCUGAAAGUGAGGUGCAUCGCGGUCGAGCGCCGCCGCCUCGCGAGCAGCCGAGGGGUUCCCGCCCCCAGGGUAACCAACGCUCCCUCUUAAAGGCGCCGGCCCCGGUUUUAGACCGGGAGAUGGGCUGUAAAGAUGCCAAGCAACUCAGGAAGACCCCCCAGAAAAAGUAUCACCUUGAGACAGUGGAAAAUGCUGCUUUCAGUGACAAGUGAUAUUUUCAGCUAUUAUCAACAUAUGUGAUCAUUACUGAGGCCACAGCCUCAGGUGGUGAUGCCCAGGAGGCUCCCAGCAUCAGCAGCUAUCGUCACCCUAGGAAGAGAUCACAGCAGCAGUGGGCAUGAGCAGCAGAGGGUUGCUACUGUCCACGGACUUGUUUUUCUACCUCAUGGUUUCAACCCUUGCUUCUUGGACCUAUGAGACUUCAGUAUAGUGUUGUGCAGUUUGUACUCUGCACUGUGUCCUCUGUCUGAGGAGGUGGGCAGGCAAUUUGGAGUUAAGAUCUAGCCUGGGUUCCAGAGCACCAGUCCUAGCACCAAGCUCGGAAAGAGUGGCAUUUCCUCAUUCACACAAAGGCACUUGCAUAUCACUACCCUGAGACUGGACCAGAACAUCUCAGUUCUUUGCCUCCUGCAAUCUACAGCUGUGAAACAAGCACUUGUGUUGAACUUGUAGAAGCAGAAGGCAAGAGGAGACUAUACAAAAGAUUGAAGAAACUCCUGUAACCAGAUGGAGAGGAAAUAAGCCCUGGGCUCAAUAAAAGCAGGAGACAUGUUCUUGCCUGGACCAAACUUUUAAGAUGGGAAAGGAGAUUAUCAGUGAGCAAAAGUGAAGUCAGGAUAGAUAGAUGUGGCCGGCACACAACUCAAACUGAGUUAGCAAAACCUACAGCAAAGGGCAUUGGAAUUUAUUGGUUCAUAUGUUUAUAAAUCCCAUAAGUAGAACUGGCACACACACACACACACAAACAUGUUCUUAGAAAUCCUUUUUUGUCCUCCAGAUGCUCGAAGAGCAUCAGGACUCAAUUUCUCUCCCUGUCUUCAUUGUGCUUUCAUUGCACUGGUUUUAUUUCUCUAAACAGAGGGAAGACGUACAUCUCCAGUCUUAACAUCCAACCUCCUUAGCAAUUAGUCACAUCAGAAAGAGAGCAAGCUGAAGAAUGUCUCACCAGACCCACGUGGAUCCUGCGUUCAUCUCUGAACUAACCAUUGUAACUAUGGGAUGGAAUGCACACUGCCAGUCUGGGGUCAUUUGCCUUUAUCUACAAAAAGGUCAAGGGAAAUAAUUGUAUGUACCCUUCAUAUAUACCCAAACCACAGGGACUGAGUAGAAAGAAAGAGGUUUCCCAAAGGAAAAUGAAAGUGUUGUUAAUAAAGAAGGCAAAAGAAUGUUGAGUAGAUAAAGACUAUAAAUGCCCACUACAAUCCCCAUUCCCCAGUAUACACACAUCACCACCACUGUCACCAAGGGGACUGACCACCUCUCUGCUCCUUUACCAAUAGUCUCAGGAUCAGAAGAAUGAGAAUGCUGAAGGUCAUGGAGGUGCUAGUAAUUGAGCCAACCAGCCACAUCCUUUGGCCUCCAGAGCCACUGAGAAGAUCCUGAGUGACAUUUGUGACAUUUCACAAACCACCUGCAAACAAACAAUAUAUAAACCAUGAUUGUAUUCAAUUAUUUUUUCCCUAAAUUAUAAACCUGCCUCCACGUACCUCAAGCCCACAUUCAUUGUUAGGCCUUUUUUAGUUAUGCAAUCAAUUUAAUUUGAUAAGAGCUCAUAGAAAUUCCCUGAUAUAUAUAUAUAUAUAUAUAUAUAUAUAUAUUCAACUUGGGGGAAAAAAAGUGGCCUACGAAUAGUCACAUUUCAGUAUCCAAGUGCCAAAGAGCCCAGCUUUGUUUUUUAACUUCAGCAACUUUAUCUUUUCAGAGAGAAAGAUGUUAUCUGUCUCUCUGAAAAGGUGUUUAUAUUUUGCCUACCAAAAAGUGACAAAAAAGUUUCAGGCUUUUUAUGUCUCACACAAGAACUUUUCUUUUACAGUAGUUGCUAAUUAAAAAAAAGUUUUGUAUUUUUUUCUUCAUUUGUGCAUUUUAUAGAAGUCCUCAUAUAUCAUAGAAAUUUAGACUAAUAAACUGGAAGAGACUUUAGAAUAACCUAAAACGUCCCUUUCAUUUCAGAGCUAAAGAAAUGAAAGCUCAGAGGUUGACUUGUGUAGGGUACAUAGCUGUUUUUUAGUAUCUGUGAUGUCCCUAACACACAUGUGCUUUUGCUAGACAUUUCGAAGGAUAUAGAAGCAAAAGCAUAGAAUGUAGUCACUGUCCUCAAAGAGACAUAACUAUCUAAGAUAUAAGACAAUUACAGAACAUCACAAUAUAUCAUAUAAUUUAGUGUAAAAAGUGUGGGAUGAUCUCUGUGUAUUAAAAAUAGGCAUCAGAAAAUGAGACACAAUGGACUGGAAUAGUCUUGGAAACACUUUCCAGCAAGGAAGCAAUUAGAUGGUCUUUUUUAAAUGCAGAGGAAAAAGGAAAGGUUUUCCAAGCAAGAAAGCAAACAAAAUGAGAAGGCAUUGAUGGGAAAAAGAUCUUGCCACUUGCAGGAACAGAAAUGAAACCUGUACUGUCAUGGUUUAGAAAAGUCUCAAACUUCAAGUCAUGAAGUCAUUUUACUGAGUUUUGACUAGUAUUAUUUUAAUUAAACAAAAUAAAAUAUCAGCAUGCAUCAUACU